UCUGCAACCCUAUUCAUUUGUGUUCCAUGCUAGAUUAUUAUGGUAAACAUGGCAAGAAACUAUGGGUUUCUGGUUUGUCUACUGAUCAUGGCUUUGGACAUUACUGCCGGGGUACUUGGCAUUGAGGCUGAAAUUGCUGAAAAUAAGGUGAAGCAUUUGAGGAUGUGGAUUUUUGAGUGCAGAGACCCCAGUUUGCAGGCUUACAAGCUCGGACUCGCGGCAUCUGUACUUCUCGGCCUCGCCCAUGUUGUUGGGAACUUGCUCGGUGGUUGCGUGUGCAUUUGGACGAAGGAGGACUUGGAUCAAGCAUCUGCUAAUAAACAAUUAGCCAUCUGUUCCCUCAUCUUCUCAUGGAUAAUAUUAGCUGUUGGAUUCACAAUGCUGAUCAUAGGGACACUGUCAAACUCAAAGUCAAGGAAAUCAUGCGGCAUAUCCCAUCAUCGUCUUCUUUCCAUUGGAGGAAUUCUAUGUUUCAUUCAUGGACUUUUCACUGUUGCUUACUACGUAUCAGCCACCGCAACAGCCCGAGAAGACCGUUCUAAUAGAUCUCGAGCCGCCGCUACCACCACCACGGCUGCCUAACUUGCCUUUUCCUACUUCUCCAAGCUUUGUAACAAAGCCAAUACUACAUUCUUUUUCAAUUAUCUUUAUUGAUAUUUUGGAUGUAACCAUGUUAAUGGCUUUUUCCCCCUUUUCUUGUUAAUGAAAUCGAUUUCU